CGUAUGUAUCACAACAGUUCACAGGCUGUCCUAGAGCAGUAUCAUUCACAAAUUUCUGGGUGCUGUUGCAGAAAUAUAUAGUUACAAAUCUCUGGAAAUUUUACUUUGCUAAAACUUCUAUUAGUGUAAGACACUUCCUGACACUUGGAAUCUGACAUGGCUGAAGCUGCUUGUGCAGAGGACCAGUGGGAGGUAGAAGUUUGUGAGGAUGAAUUUGGUGAAAUCAUCAAAACUAGAUCAGAUGAAAGAGAAGACAUACAAAAGAAAACCUUCACAAAAUGGAUGAAUUCCCAACUUGCUAAGGCAGGAAGACCCCCUAUUAAUGACCUCUUCACAGAUCUGUGUGAUGGCCGUCGUCUUCUGGAGCUUUUGGAAGGCUUGACUGGGCAUGAAUUGGUGAAAGAGCGUGGUUUCACCCGAGUGCACUCACUCAAUAAUGUCAACAGAGUGCUACAGAUCCUUCAGAAGAACAAUGUUGAGCUGGUGAAUAUUGGAGGAGCUGACAUUGUUGAUGGCAAUCAUAAAUUGACUUUGGGACUCAUCUGGAGCAUAAUUCAUCACUGGCAGGUGAAGGAUGUGAUGAAAGAUGUGAUGGCAGACUUAAAGCAAACCAACAGUGAGAAGAUUCUCUUGAGCUGGGUUAGACAGUCCAUCAAGAGCUACCCACAGGUCAAUGUUGUAAACUUCUCUAGCAGCUGGGAAGAUGGUCUGGCCUUUAAUGCUCUUAUCCAUAGCCACAGGCCGGAGCUGUUUGAUUGGGAUGUGGUGGAACAGAUGGAUAAAGCUUGUGACAGGUUGGAUCAUGCGUUCGCCAUUUCUGAAAGGCAUUUGGGCAUUGACCGGCUGCUUGACCCUGAGGAUGUGGCUACUGCUUCUCCAGAUAAGAAGUCUAUAAUUAUGUACGUCACCUCCCUGUUUCAAGUUCUGCCCCAUGGUGUGAGUAUGGAGGCCAUAAAGGAGGUUGAGACUCUCCCCCAAGCUGUAAUCUCUAAAGAGAAACAUUUCCAAUUUCAAACACAACAGCGUUAUUCCCAGCAGAUCACUGUGAGUGUGGCUCAUAGACAAGUAGGCAGCCAGUCUCCUUCAAAUAAGUUACGCUACAAAAGCUAUGCCUUCACUCAGGCUGCAUAUGUUCGGUCUCCUGAACAGAAAAGAAAGGCCCCCGUCGCACUGACUUCAGACAUUCCAGAGGAUGUGUGGCCUUCCCCUGGUCCUCUCCAACAUGGCACAAACCAGCUAGAGAGUUACCAGAAUUCCCUGGAAGAGGUCUUGACGUGGCUUCUGUCUGCUGAGGAUGGCCUGCAAGCUCAGCCACCCAUCUCCUCUUUUGUAGAAGAAGUGAAGGAGCAGUUUCACACUCAUGAGGAAUACAUGAUUGAGCUGACUGCCCAUCAGGGAAGUGUAGGUAACGUGCUAAAGGCAGGGAGCAUCCUCUUGGCUGAAGGGCAGCUGACUGAAGAUGAGGAGAAUGAAAUUCAGGAGCAAAUGAAUCUGUUGAACUCUCGCUGGGAGCAUUUACGAGUGGCCAGUAUGGAACGACAAAGCAGGCUUCAUGAAGUUUUAAUGGACCUGCAGAAUCAGCAGCUGAAACAGCUCUCCACCUGGUUAGAUGUUACUGAAGCUCGAAUUAAUCAAAUUGAAGCCCAGCCUUUAGGUCCUGAAAUUGAAGACCUAAAACAUCAAAUUGAAGAGCACAAGCUGUUACAAGAGGAUCUGGAAAUGGAGCAGGUGCGAGUAAACUCUUUGACUCACAUGGUUGUAGUAGUGGAUGAAAGCAGUGGAGACGGUGCUACUGCAGCACUGGAGGAGAAACUGCAGAACCUUGGAGAGCGAUGGGCAGCCAUCUGUAAAUGGACAGAGGACCGGUGGAUCCUCCUUCAGAAGAUCCUGAGGAGUUGGCAGCAUUUCACUGAGGAACAGCAUAUGUUUGAGUCCUGGCUAACACAGAAGGAGCAGUUAUAUCUUUCUAUCCAAAGCUGUGGUACCACUGAUCACAAUGAAGUGGCAGCCAAUCUCAGAAAGCUUGCUAUUCUGAAAGCAGACAUUGAGCUCAAAAGACAGACCAUGGACAAACUUUGCUCCCUUGUUCAAGAUCUAUUGUCCAGCAUUAGGAAUAAGCAGGCAUCAGCAAAACUUGAAUCAAAGUUAGAAAUGUUCGCUCAGCGGUGGGACAAGCUAAUACAGUCACUUCAGCUCACCAGCACCAAGCUUUCAACCACACUUCCUGCAUCCCCGUCUGAAAGUACACAAACAACUGUGGAAACCAGCAUUACCAUGCAUCAGAAAAAAGUGGUGAAGCAUGCUAAAGAGGGUCUGACUACACCUCCACCUCAAAAGAAGCGUCAGAUUGUUGUCGACUCAGAGCUUCGCAAGAGGUUUGAUGUGGAUUUCACUGAGAUUCACAGUUUCAUGACCCGCUCAGAAGCCAUCUUACAGAGUCCUGAAUUCUCAGUUUCACGCAAAGAGGGCAGUGUUGCAGACCUCUAUGAGAAAGUCUUGGCAAUUGAUAAAGAAAAACCAGAGAAGCUUAGAAAGCUACAGGAAGCAACGCGGUCAGCUCAGGCUCUAGUAGAUCAGCUCACAAGUGAUGGGCAGAAUUCUGAUGAUAUUCAGCAAGCCGCUCAGCAGUUACAUGCCCGGUGGGUUGAGUUUUGUUCUCUGCUGGCUGAGAGGCUAGCGUGGCUGGCCUACCAGACUAAAGUACUGGCUUUCUACAAUCUCUUCCACAACUUGGAGCAGAUAGUAGCAAAUUCAGAGAACUGGCUGAAAAUUCAGCAACCCCCAGCCUGUGAGCCAGAACCUCUAAGGAUCCAACUUGAGCGCUGCAGGGAUGAGAUAGCUCGUCUGUCUGUGCUUGAACCAGAAGUGGAGCACUUACAUGGACAACUUCGGGAGCUAAGAGAGAAAGAGGAAACACAGGUCCUCUUUGAUGCAGAUAUAGCUGCAUUCCAGGACCACUACCAGAAUGUUCUUGCAGACCUAAAGGCCAGAGAGAAACAGCUUGUAUUAGUCCAGUCUAGCCUUCCACCUACACACUACAAGGAAGUAAUGGCAGCCCUAAUGGCAUGGCUGCAACAAUGUGAAGACAAACUACCUUCUACAGCUGUAACUGAGUACCCGAUCAUGGAGCAGAGGCUGAAAGACAUCAUGGCAAUUCAAGCAGCGCAACAAGAGCACCAGAGUAAAAAGGAUGAUCUUAAUAAGAUGGCUGAACAGGUGUACCAGAAAGCUCCCCCUGAGAUAUCUCAAAGGUAUCACAUUGAGAUGGACAGUAUGAUGGCCUUUUGGAGACAUACGUGUGAAAAACUAAGAGAGAACAUACAAAAAUUGCAGGAACACAUGACCAAGCUGCAGCAGUUCCAGAAUGACACAAAGACCCUGCAGAAGUGGAUGGCCGAGGUUGAUGUUUUUCUGAAUGAGGAGUGGCCAGCUUUAGGAGAUUCAGAGGCUCUUGAGAAGCAACUAGAACAGUGCACAGCCUUAGUUAAUGACAUUCACACUGUCCAACCUAGUCUUAAUGGCAUCAAUGAGGUUGGACAGGUCUUGAAGAAGGAAGCAGAGCCACCAUUUGCUGUCAAAAUACAGAAGCAGCUUGAUGACCUCAAUUCUCAGUGGGAACUAAUUUGCAAACAGGCAUAUGCAAAAAAAUCUGCCUUGAAAGGUGGACUGGAUAUGACAGUGAGUUUGAAGAAGGAAAUGCAAGAGAUGCAAGAGUGGAUUACACAAGCAGAAGAAGAUUAUCUGGAGAGUGAUUUCCAUUAUAAAACACCUGAAGAACUCCAUACAGCAGUGGAGGAACUUAAGAGAGCUCAAGAAGAAAUCCAUCAGAAAGAAAUAAAGGUAAACCUUCUGGAAGAUAAAGUCACCAGUUUUAUUGCGAAGGCUCCACCCAUAGCCCACGAGGCGCUAAAGGCAGAACUAAAUGUUUUGACUUCCAACUACCAACGGCUGUGUAGUCGGCUUGAUGGGAAGUACAAGACAUUAGAGGAGGUGUGGGCUUGCUGGUGUGAAUUGCUGUGCUACUUGGAACAGGAAAAUACUUGGAUGGAUCUACUAGAACAGAAACUUAAUGAGAUGGAGAACUAUCAAGGAGGAGCAGACAAAAUAGCGGAGGCUCUCGCUUCUUUGGAUACCAUGAUAAAAGAACAUCCUGAAUAUAAUCGUAACCAAAUACGUGAGUUGGCCCAGACCCUUAUGGAUGGAGGAGUCCUUGAUGAGCUCAUUCAUAAGAAGGUGGAAAAUUACAACAUUCGCUGGGAUGAACUUAUGCAAAGGGCUUUACAAAGGCGACAACAGCUGGAGAAGAGCUUACAGUGGGUGAACAAGAAUGACAAAACUCUGCGUCUAAUCCAAGAUUCUCUAAAGGCAACUGAUCGUCAUUUGACUGCAUAUCUUGCAGAUGGUAUAGACGCUGCUCAGAUACCUCAGGAAUCUCAGAAAAUUCAAACUGAACUGAGUGGUCAUGAAGUGACUCUAGAUGGCAUGAAGAAACAGUCCAGUGAGGAUGCGUCAGAAAAAAUGGUCACUGAGAUUGAUGCUACAUAUGCUAAAUUAUUGGAGGUGAAAGCAAAGUUUCGACUUUUCCAAAAGCCAGCCAACUUUGAUCAGAGAUUGAAAGAAUGCGAACGUGUUUUGGAAGAGGUGAAGGGUGAACUGGGGGUACUGAGUAUCCACAGUGUAGAGCAGGAUGUGCUGCAAUCCCAGUUGGAGCAGUGCAUGAAGUUGUAUAAAAGUCUAAGUGAAGUGAAAUCAGAAGUGGAGAUGGUAAUUAAGACAGGAAGGCAAAUUGUGCAAAGACAACAGACAGAGCAACCCAAAGAGCUGGACAACCGUUUGACAAGUCUUAAACUCAUAUACAACGACUUGGGUGCACAGGUGACAGAAGGAAAGCAAGCACUAGAAAAGAGUUUGAAGUUAUUGAGAAAAUUUAAAAAAGACAUAAAAAGUCUAACAGAUUGGUUAGCAGUGGUUGAUAGUGAACUGACUUCUCGGUCAUCAGUGGAUGGAAUACCUAGUGACCUAGAAGCGGAGCUGACAUGGGCCAAGACCACACAAAAGGAUACAGAGCAACGUACACCCCAACUCUGUUUAGUAAGAGAUUUAGCAGAGGCCCUGAAAUCACUCUUAACAGAGGAAAGCCUAAUAGAUGACAAAGUCAGCCUGUUGAACAGCAACUGGAUUGCUGUGACAUCACGCAGUGAACAGUGGCUAAAGUUGUUGCUGGAUUACCAGAGUCAGAUGAAUACGUUGGAGCAGAAUGUUGCUCAUAUAAAUGCCUGGAUAGACAGAGCUGAGACUCAGAUGGACAAGAUGGAGAACCAGGGCUGCAUUAACCACAUCAUCAAGAGUCUACAAGGAGAAUUGGAGGAGAUGCGUGGGAAGGUAGUGGAGGUACAAAAUCUUGGUGAAGACAUCAUUAAAAACAGGGGGGAGCACUGUAAAACUCAAAUAGAGACCAAGCUGAAUCAGCUCAGUCAACGCUUUGAGAUGGUUACCAGAAGGAUUCUACAUGGACAGGCUUCCUCUCAAGAGUUAGAAGAGUACCACAGGCAAGCUAAUAUGUGGCUACUCCAGCUGGAAGAAGAGAUAAAACUUGGUGAAGAUAUCAAAGAAGAUGAUUUCAUAGAAGAUGCAGUUGUUGAUGAAGAUGAACUGAAGGACCUUUUCUUAAAAGGAGAAAAUCUCCUUAAGAGAACAACAGAUCCAGCAAAGUCAACUGUUUGUCAAAAACAUAAUCUACUCCAUGAUAAAUACAACACCUUGAAGAGCCUGAAAGCACUUAGGAAGAAGAAGGCACUUGCUUUUGCCCCACAGUGGUACCAGUUCUGUAAGAGGUCAGAGGAUAUGAUGCAGUGGCUUGACAACAUUGAGAAGAUGGUGGCUGAACUGCCAGAUUCGGCAAAUCAGCCAAGAGUGAAGAUUGGCACUGAGAUCGAACAGCAGCGCCCAGUACUUGAAGAUGUGCGGAGUCUUGGUCACAAGCUCUCAGAAGAUGGCUUUGUCAAACUUGUGGAACUGCGCCUCAUUCCCAUUAAUAAACGCUGGGAACAGCUGGACAUGAAAUUUGAUGAAGUGUAUCAUGUCAGUGAACUGCAAGCUUUACUGCAUACUAUUGAUGAAAAUGAUGCACUCCUGAACUCCUCUGUGUGCUGGUCUGACAUAACUGAAAAUAUACCCCAACAAGGAAAGUGCCUUAAGGAAGUAAAGCAUACUUUGGACACCCUCGAAUUUCCAGUGACAGAGGCUUUAGAGAAGAAAAACAUACCCCCUCAUGUGAAUCCACUUGUUCAUCUCCUCAGUACCAAGUGGGAAAAACUGAAGAGGCUCUAUGAGAAUAGACUAGGAUUCUUUGACAAAUGCAAGAAAUAUGGGGAGGUGUUAAAAGCCAUCCAGGAUUGGCUGACUGUUGCAGAAAAAACAUUAUUGAUGUAUGAGGAAGACCCAAACAUCAAUGCAAGCCACAUCAAGGAACUGCAAGAAGAUUUGGAAAAUCAAGAGGCAGCAGUGAAAGGGCUUAACGCUCUAGGUAAGGACCUGGCCUUGCAGGGCAGGAAGGAUAAUGAAGAACAGAUUAAAAAGCAACUAGAUGCCAUCAAUACCCGCUGGACUACAGUGUCCAACCAGCUGUCUGAAAUAAACAGAAGAUCUACAGGGGAAAAGAUUGUACUUGCUGAGCUUCAUGAAGAUAUUGGGGAGUUUCAGUCUUGGCUAGAUAAAGCAGAGUGUGUUGCUGCCCUACCAGUAGAACCAGACCAUAGGGAACAGCUCAACACUGCAUUAGAAAAAGUACAGGCUCAAGUAGCAGAAUUACCAAACAGAAUGAAAAUAUUACAGAAAAUUAAAACAAAAGCGUCAUCCCUUUCUGCUGAUAAAAACAAGACUUUGGAAAAUAGUUUAAAGAUUAUCCACUUGCGAUGGGCCAAGGUGUCAUCUAACCUUCCUGAGAAGCAGCAACAGAUUGAGAAUCACCUGAGAGAUUUGAAUCUGUACCCCAAGCUCUCUAGCUGGGCCUCUGCAACUAAGAACCUACUUGAACAGUCACCUGAAGCAAUUGAACACAAGAUUGAUGAUAUCCAGUCCAAGAAGCCAGAAAUAGAAGCAAUUUUGGGCAGAGAGCGACCACUAUAUCAACCUGAAAGGGGCCAGUUUGAUAGUCUCAAUGCAGACUGGACAAUUAUUCAAGUGCUGCUUAAGGAAUGGAAAAACAAAUGUCAAGUUGCAACUGAAUACUUGACAAGCAGUGCCCCAGAUGUUUCAACAAUGGACACAUUCAAUAAUUCAAGUACUGAACUCAAUGACUGGCUCUCUCUUCUCGAUCACAUGAUUAUAACACAGCGGGUGACAGUAGGAGAUCUCAGUGAAAUCAAUGACCUUAAUGUAAAACUCAAGUCAGCAAUGAAAGACAUGGAACAGAGAUGCCCACAGCUGAAUAAACAGAUCACUGCAGCUGAAAACCUCAAGAACAAAACCAACAACCCUCAGAUGCGUGCUACAAUUACAGAUCAAAUUGAGAAAUUACAAGCACACUGGGAAGACUCACAUACUAAGUUAAUGGACAGGGUAAUUCAACUUCAGACCAUGUAUCAAGACUCCAAGGAUUGGCUGGAUGCCAAGAAAAUGGUGGAGUCUCACAUAAAUCAAGCCAGUGAAAAACUAGAAGGAUGGAAGGAAGUCUCAUCAAGUGCUGAUCAUGCAAAUGUUAAGAAAAUUGUUAAAGAUAUACAGCUGUGGCAAGCUGAAGUUGACGUGACUAAUGAACUGGCAAACAAGCUACUGGUCCUUUAUGCAAAUGAUGACACAAGCAAGAUUAAACAGAUGACUGAGAAUAUGAAUCUUGCUUGGGGCAGUAUCAAAAAAGGUGCAGGGGAUACAGAGGCAGACCUAGAGACCAGACUGCAGCAAAUGCAGCACUUUUAUGCAGACCUGGAAAUGUUUUGUAACUGGCUAACUGAAGCAGAAACUACAGCAAAUGUCUUACAAGGUGCUACGUACAAGGAAUGCCUUCUGGAGGAUGCAGCCACAGUGCACCACUUACUAGAGCAAUGGCAAGAUCUCCAGAGGGAGAUAGAUACCCAGACAGAUAUGUAUCAUUCACUUGAUGAAAAUGGGCAGCGUAUUGUGGCAUCACUGGGAAGGGCAGACAAUGCUAUAGUGCUACAAAAACAACUGUACAACAUGGAAAAGCGCUGGAAGGACUUAUGUAAAAAAGUCAAUACUAUGAGGCAUCACCUGGAUGAUAGUAUGGAACAGUGGAAGCAUUUUCAUCUAUCCUUACAGGGUCUGCUCCAGUGGCUACAGCUUAGGAGGGAGGAGCUGGAGCAACAGAAACCAGUUGGGGGAGAUGUCCCUGCUGUUCGUCAGCAACUGAUCACCCAUAAGGAUUUCAGAAGGGAGCUGAGUGCAAAAGAUCCUUCAAUAAAUGAAGCACUUGAUAAUGUGAAGAGUUUUCUGAUUGAGAUGCCUGGUGAAGAAAGGAAACAUACACCUGUUGAAAGAGAUGUCAGCUCAGAUGAGAGAAUUCAAAAUGUAGAACGCAUUUUGCGUAAGGAGGCAGAGGAUGUAAGCAAACUUUGGAAGAACCUGGGUACAGCUGCUGCAGACUGGCACCAACAGCUGGAGCUAGCUUUGGAGAGACUGAUGGAACUUCAAGAUACAGCGGAUCAGUUAGAGAUCAAGCUUCAACAAGCGGAAAAUGAAAAAAAUUCUUGGGACCCAGUUGGAGACUUGCUUGUUGACAGUUUAAGCGACCAAAUCGACAUGGUUAAGGGAUUCCAGGAGAUGAUAGCUCUGAUCCAGGAUGAUGUAAAUCAAGUCAACAAAUUAACCUCUCUGCCUGGUAUUCAACUGUCCCCAGACAACCUGAAGAGAAAUGAUGAUCUCAAUAGGCGAUGGAGACUUCUGCAGAUAUCGGUUGAAGAACAUCUGUCCCAACUUAUUGAGGCCCACAGAGACUUAGGACCCAAUUCUCAGCAUUUUCUACAAGUGUCUGUACAAAGUCCUUUUGAACGCUCUGUUUCUCCAAACAGUGUUCCGUAUUAUAUAAACCACCAGACACAAACAACAUGUUGGGACCAUCCAAAAAUGGCAGAGUUGUACCAGUCCUUAGCGGAUCUCAACAAUGUAAGAUUUUCAGCAUACAGAACAGCAAUGAAGUUACGGCGGCUGCAGAAAGCUCUGUGCUUGGACCUACUGGGGAUGUCAGCAGCAUGUGAAGCAUUUGAACAGCACAGCCUGAAACAGAAUGAGCAGUUCAUAGACAUCAUACAGAUGAUCAGCUGUCUGACAAGUAUCUAUGACCGUUUGGAGCAGCAGCAUAGCAGCCUCGUGAACGUUCCUCUGUGUGUGGACAUGUGUCUGAACUGGUUGCUGAAUGUUUAUGACACAGGUAGAACUGGGAGGAUUCGAACCCUAUCUUUAAAAACAGGAAUAAUCUCUCUCUGCAAAGCUCAUCUUGAAGACAAAUACAGAUUUCUUUUUAGACAAGUGGCUAGUGCCACAGGUUUCUGUGACCAGCGCCGCCUUGGCCUUCUGCUGCAUGACUCAAUCCAGAUCCCUAGGCAGCUGGGUGAGGUGGCAUCAUUUGGAGGGAGCAACAUUGAACCUAGUGUGCGCAGCUGUUUUCAGUUUGCAAAUAACAAGCCAGAGCUAGAAGCUUCAGUCUUCUUAGACUGGAUGCGUUUGGAGCCUCAGUCAAUGGUCUGGCUCCCUGUACUUCACCGUGUUUCAGCAGCAGAGACAGCCAAGCACCAGGCCAAAUGCAACAUCUGCAAGGAAUGUCCUAUUAUUGGCUUCAGAUAUAGAAGCUUAAAGCACUUUAACUACGACAUCUGCCAAAGCUGCUUUUUUUCUGGCAGAGUGGCAAAGGGUCAUAAAAUGCAAUAUCCCAUGGUUGAAUAUUGCACUCCGACAACCUCUGGUGAAGACGUAAGAGAUUUUGCCAAGGUGCUAAAGAACAAGUUCAGGACAAAACGUUAUUUUGCCAAACACCCCCGCAUGGGCUACCUCCCUGUGCAGACCAUUUUGGAGGGUGAUAACAUGGAGACCCCUGUUACUCUGAUCAACUUCUGGCCUGUUGACCACCCGCCAGCAUCUUCUCCACAGCUGUCCCAUGAUGACACCCACUCACGCAUUGAACAUUAUGCUAGCAGGCUUGCUGAAAUGGAAAACAGAAAUGGUUCAUAUGUGAAUGAGAAUAUUUCUCCUAAUGAGAGCAUGGAUGAUGAGCAUCUACUGAUCCAACACUACUGCCAGAGUCUUAAUCAGGGCUCCCCCUUAAACCAUCCACAGAGUCCAGCACAGAUCCUCAUUUCAAUGGAGACUGAAGAAAAGGGGGAACUUGAGAGAGUUCUCAGUGAUCUAGAGCAGGAGAAUAGGAGGCUACAGGCAGAAUAUGAUCGACUUAAGAAGGCCCAUGACCACAAGGGGUUUUCACCUCUUCCUUCACCUCCACCAAUGCUACCUGUUUCACCCCAGAAUCGUGAUGCUGAGCUCAUUGCUGAGGCAAAACUACUGAGACAACACAAGGGUCGCUUAGAGGCAAGAAUGCAAAUUCUGGAAGACCAUAACAAACAGCUUGAGUCUCAGCUUAAGAGGCUUAGACAGCUGCUAGAGCAGCCACAGGCUGAGUCCAAGGUGAAUGGCACUGCCCUGUCAUCUCCCUCUACUGCCUCCCAGAGAUCUGACACCAGCCUGGCCUCACUGCAUGUGGCCACAAGCCAAACCACAGAGACUAUGGGUGGUGAGGAAGAGGGAAGGUUGGCUCUCAUCAGCCUGUGCAAGAAGUGGAGGCACUGCUGGGCCUUCUUGACAGGGUUAUCAUUGAACUAUGGUUGCGAAACUUGAAUGGUGGUGAUGAGUUGUCCAGUGCCUUCCAGGAUCCAGGCAGUGGCCUAGUUUAAGUAACUGAGCAACUAAAUAAAUCUUUUCCUCAUGGCCAAGGUAAGGCUUUGUGAUCUCUUUGAAUUACUUGAAUUACUAGACAGCAGUUUGUAAAAAUGUGAAAGGAGAGCAAACUCACCUUCAACUACCAUGGCAAAAAAGAACAAAUUAUGCCUAAUUUUCUUACUUCAGUGUAACUGUUGUCUGUUUGAAAAGUGGAUUUGGUCUCAUUUCUAUAUUGUGUUGGUAAAAAAGUGGAUCAGGUCCAAAAAGAAUGUGAUCAGGUCGAAAAAGACUGCUUAAGUGGGAAGAAAUAGAUUUGACAAGCUCUUGAUGAGCUUACAUAGCCAAAAUUUACUUUUGAGCCCUUAACUCUUGGACUCAGCACAUGCAGUGCAAGCAUAUUGCCAAGCCAAGCAGUUCUCCCACCCUUUUGUUGAGGUGAUCAUAAGCAAAAAGACUGUUCUUUUUUCAAAACUAUUUUGACUGAAGAAUUAGUUUUGACAAUCUCUUGAUGAGGGUAAAGCUUAGAUAACCGAACUUUACUCAAGAGUAGGACCAGCUAGUUUAUAGUGAUGCAAGAGAGGUCUUUAGGUACUCCAACACGGGAGAAGGAGAUCCCACACCAGGUUCUUGUAGCACCCUGGAGGAUGGAGCUCCUUUCAGAACCACUGAAAGAAUUGCCAGGGCCUCCCAAAAAGUAGUGAGAGCAGAUUUUGGCAACCAGGGUCUCACUGGUCAUUCCAAGUCCAGGAGUAGAACUCUGAAAUUUGAUACACUGAAAUCUGUGUAGCAUGGGCAGAAUCAGCAAAAGAGGUGGAAAUGGAUAUUUUGUAUAGAUACCAUAGGGGCUCCAGACCAGAAAGAUUUCAAAGCCUCAAAUUGGUGAGGCCAUGAACCAGGUUGGGGUUCACAGUGGAACUGGACUUUGUACCCUGUGGCAUGGUCAUCAGGAUCCACUCUUCUGAUGUAGUUGCUGCUGAAUGCAUGGUGUUUUCAGCCAUGGCGCUCUUGUACCAUGGGAGGCAACUCUUGUACCAUGGGAUGCAAUGUAAUUAAAUUAAAAGGUCCGGAGGGCAGAGGUACAGUUGUGUUCAGAUAAAUAGCAGUGCACUAAUAAAAGUGAGUAAAGUGCAAAUAUUUUUUAAUAGCUUUUAUUUCCAUAUUUCAAAUGUACUGGAAACAUUAUACAUUCAAUUGCAAAUCAAAGCAUUAACAAAUUUUAUCAAGUCUCUUUUACAGGAAGCAAAGAAAAGGAAUAUCAGUCUGUUCAAAAAAAUAGCAGUGUCGACAUUUUUCUCUUCAAACUCUAAUUUUUUUAAGAUUAAACUUCACUUUAAAUUACUGAACUAAUAUUUAGUUGCAUAGCCAUUGUUUAUGAUAACUGCUGCGUAUCUGCGUUGCAUCGAGUCAACCAACUUCUGGCACUUGGAAACAGGUAUUUCGGCCAAGGAUGAACAAAGUACAUUCCACAGUUCCUGUGAAUUUUUGGGUUUUGCUUCAGAAACUGCAUUUUUAAUGUUACCCCACAAGUUUUCAGUGGGGUUGAGGUCAGGGGAUUGAGCAGGCCACUCCAUUACUUUAAUCUUUUUUGUCUGGAACCAAGAUGUUGCUCACUUACUCGUAUGUUUGGGGUCAUUGUCUUGUCGAAAGACCCAUUUCAGGGGCAUUUCCUCUUCGGCAUAGGGCAACAUAAUCUCUUCAAGUAUUUUGAUGUAUUCAAACAGAUCCAUUGUCCCUGGUAUGCGAUAAAUAGGCCCAACACCAUAGUAUGAAAAACAUCCCCAUACCAUAAUUUUUGCACCACCAUGCUUCACUGUCUUCACAGUGUACUGUGGCUAAAAUUUAGUACCCAGGAGUCGUCUGACAUACUGUCGAUGACCACUAGACCCGAAAAGAACAAUUUUACUCUCAUCAAUCCACAGAAUGUUAUACCAUUUCUCUUUGGGCCAAUCGAUGUGUUCUUUGGCAAAUUUUAACCGAUUCUGCACAUGCCAUUUUUUCAACAGUGGUGCUUUACUGGGGCUUCUUGCUGUUAGCUUAGCUUCAAUCAAACGUCUUGACUGUAACAGUACUUACAGGUAAUUUUAAAUCAUCUUUGGUCUUUCUGGAGGGGAUGAUUGGCUGAAUCUCUGCCAUUCUGACUACUUUUUAACAGUAGUUGCUCGUUUUCUUCUGCGUGUUUCAGGUUUUUGCUGCCAUUUUAAAACAUCUGAGAUCAUUUUAGCUGAACAUCCUAUAAUUUGCUGUACUUCUUUAUACAUUUUCCCCUCUCCAAUCAACCUUUUAAUCAAAUUACGUUUUUCCUCUGAACAAUGUUUGGAAUGGCCCAUUUUACUUGGCAGUUCAGAAGGAAAUAUAUUUUAUAACAAUGUGUGAAACAUUUGCUUCCCUUCUUCCUUAAUAAAGGACAAUUAAUGACACCUGUUUUUUCACAGAAUGAGUAUUCACUCAGUUGAGUUUAAUUGUUUAUCUAAUUAAACUCCACAAUACUAUUAUUUUGAACAUGCCCCUUUCAAUGAAUGAGUCAAUUACUCAGAACAAGCAGAGUGCAUGUCACAACAGUUGGGUCUGUUUUUCUAUUACACUACUACAUCUACAAGUAAAUUAUUUGCAAUGCAGAAAUAUCACUACUAUUAGUAGUAGUGAUAUUUCUGCAUUGCAAAUAAUUUACGUGUAGAUGUAGUAGUGUAAUAGACAAACAGACCCAACUGUCAGACAAUUGGUGGUUCAUCGGGUUACUGAUGUUGUACUGCUAUUUUUUUUUUUUUUUAACACAACUGUAAUCAGGGUCUGGCACUAGCAUCCUAUCAAACACUAGCUGGAAGUGUGUGAGUGCGCGUCUGUGUGUGAGAGAGAAAGAGAGAGAACAGAUUAUUAGGUAUAGUUUUAUCCAACAGCGCUUUAAUUGGAUGUACAUUGAGAGUGGACUGUGCCAGCCACACCUGAGCGCUGUGUGUAAACCAGGUUGGUGAAGCACUUUCCCAUCGCUCAUACCAUGUGCCCUGCUACCUGAGGCAGGGCUUUACAAACAUAGUGGGCAGACGGACCUCUACUUGAACAUUAACAUUCCCCCCAUGGGCCGCUACACUGCAUCACUAGUUAUUUCACCAGAUGAAGCAAAACACUCUAAAAUGCUGCCCCAGUGCUGAGUGCAGACACACUGACAACCGCUACAGAGCUAGCUGGAAAAUACCUGUUAUGUCAGAUGCAUAGUAAUGUUCAUGUUCGAAGCUUUGAACAACAAAUUGUCAGUGUGUCUGCACUCAGCACUGGGGCAGCAUUUUAGAGUGUUUUGCUUCGUCUGGUGAAAUAACUAGUGAUGCAGUGUAGCGGCCCAUGGGGGCAUGUGGUUGAGGCUGAUCCUGUCAGUACCCAACAUUCUAAUUCUAAUUAAUCAAGUUCAAAUUUACAGCAGUUGACAGGCCUUAUCAAGAGUGACUUACUAGUGCUUGCUUAAGUGCUUGCUUAUGUGCUUAUUGAACAGGUAAUACACCCACUGUUAUUUGCACGAGCAUGUGGACUUCUCAAGUCAAUUUCUGCUUAAGGAUUCAGUGCACAUUUAAUUCAAGAGGAGAACAUGGUUUUGUUGUUGUUUUUUUAAUAGGGACAGUGUUUUAAUUUAUUUUUUUUUAUGUCAGAAACAAUGAAUGACAGUGAAUGUUCUGGCCAUUGAGUGAAAAUAGCAAAUAUAUGUGUAGAUAGUAAUUAAUACAUACAGAUAUUUUAUUUUGACCUACCUUAAAUGUUCAAUAAAUCUUAAUAGACAACAAGUAUAAAUAUACAAUUAAACCAUUUUAAAAUGUUAUGGGACAGGCAACACAAUAAUUUUUCCCUUGACAGGCAGAAUGAUUAGUGAAAUCAUUUUUCUAUAUGUGAUUAUAGAUAUUGUUCAUGAAGAUGUUGAAGAGGAUUGAGUAAGCUUGAAAAAAAACUUAAAUAUUAUUCUGCAGGGUGUUUGGUGGAAUUUAUUGAAAUGGAUUUUGUUUUUGUCUCAGUGUUUUGCUUUUUUGGUUUAAUCUGGUUAAUCUGGUUUAAUCUGAAAUAAAGCUUUCUCUUUCUUUUUUUUCCUUUCUCUUUGUGUAAGGAACUGGACAGCUAAACCCAUAACAGGGAUGAACAUGGGAAGGCUCAUCCAUAUGGUGGAUAACAUUGGAUAUGCCAUGGAAUCAUUGGUCAAUGUGAUAACAGAGGAACAGGGUUUAGACUAAUAUAUUAUGACAUAUAAAAUUGUCAUAACAUAAACAUAUGAAUUGCAUGCUUUUGUAGUGUAACAACUGGACAGAAUAUGUUUACAAGGGGAGAUAAAUAAAAUCUAUUUUUUUGGGUGGUCAUGGUUCCAGAUUGCUGAUUUGAGUAGUUUCAUACAAGUCUAGAAUUGUUUUAUUAUUAAAAAUGUUUUUAAUCUUCUAUGCAAUUUAAAAAAAAAAAAAGGGUGAUAACCUUUAACACUGGUUUAAGCAUGCUCCUUUGUUUUGACAGAGUAUUGACAGCAAUUUAAGUGUUUUACCAUAAUGGAUUUUUUAUUAUAUGGCUUUGUCAUUUUCAUUGUUUGCAGGGAAUAACAAAUGCAUAUUAAAAGUCCAUCACCUGUGA